CGUCCGGGUCCUCCGGCGCAGCAGCAGGGACUGACCUGCUCUGUGCAGCUUCACUUCGGGCUUCAGCACGGCAUCGAGCAGCCUCCUCUGGCGGCAGAUCUCCCGCUCUGACCGCUCGACUCUGUCUUCAUACUCCGCCACGGUUUCCUCCAACAGACCGACGAUCUCCUCCGCAGCCGCCGUUAGCCGCUCGGUGAGCAGCGCUCUCAGCGCCGGGAUUUCAGCCGCUUCUUCUCCCUUUUCCACCUGCAGCAGAAAGUCUUCAGCGGCGGCGCUAAUCCGCUCAUGUACCGACACCCGCAGCAGCUGCACGGCGCACAUUUUCCUCCUUCUCUGCGAACAAAGAGAGCCAGCGGGGACGUAAACACACACACGGAGUUCCGCAUCGACGACGGUUCGCUUCGAGGAGAGCGAAGCGGAGCGACGAACAGCGCACCCUGUUGGUCUGGAGGGAGAACAAUAAUCGAUCUGUUAUUAAAUGAGGAUUUGGUCUCUGACGUCAUCAAAUUGAAACGAUACCGAUGAUCAUUAACCCUCCUAUUGUCUUCGGGUCAAUUUUGACCCGUUUUCAAGUGUUUGCAUAUCAUGUAGUAGAUAUGAAGACAAUAUGAGGGUUAAAUGGUUAAAAACUGCUGCGGUUUGUCACCUUCAAACUGCAGAAAUAUACAAACAUGUUCACAGAAUAAAACCCCAAAGAAUAAGAAAGAAUAUGCACACACACACACACACACACACACAGACUGACUGACACACACUGAAACACACACACACACACACACACACACUGACACAGACACUGACACAGACAGGAAGAGACAGGUUUUCUGAAUGGGGAUGAAAUGUUAAAUAUUGGACUAAUAAUAAAACAUCACGCUGAGAGAAUCAGUGAUCUAACAGAGUACAUUCACUCAAGAACUCAGAACUUUGAGGUACUUUUUUUCUUUUUGUACUUGUGUCACAUUUCAGAAGGAAAUAUUGUGCUUUGACUUGAAGUAUGUCACAGAUCGUGUAGAGGCUCGUUAAAUUAUAGUUUUUGUAAAUGUGUGCUUGUAAGAAGUUUUUCUUGAAAGAAAUAAAGGAGGAAGUACAUGAACUGUUUCCUGCGUUAACAUCAACAGAUGACAAAAAAACCCCUCCAUCUCCCCCCGGUGCGGUGGUACCGGUCUCUCAGCUGGUCUCGGACUCUUCAGGUGUUCUACCUAGUUUAUAUAUAUUUACUUUUUGGUACAUUACUGUUUAAUAAAGUUUAUUUAAAGGACAAAAAAAUACUGUUGACGGGACAACUUCCGCGUCACGGCGUUGCUAGGAUACAGCAAACUCCGCCGUACAGAGCGUCUCCAGAGAAAGUCUGAGUCCGCUUUCAGUCUGUUUUUAACGGUCUGUUAACGGUCGGUCGAUCGGUCUCCGGUGGGUGAACAUCGACCGUCAGCAGGAUGGAGAUCGUCCACGUCUACACGAAGCUCCGCAGUGACUUUGGCCGCCAGUGUCUCCUCUCUGACCGGCCUGCUGAGCUGCUGGUGGAUGUUCCUCCGGACCAGAGUCUGGCUAUACAGUUCAUCCAGAAAACCCCCCGAGACCAGGCCCUGCAAGCUUGUCGGGACAUGUCCGAGCACCAGGUCAACACAGAGCGCUUUGAGUCCGAGAGCUGUGGGAUAAACCAUGUGGAGGGGGGGUGGCCCAAAGAUAUCAACCCUCAGGAGAUGGAACAGACCAUCCGCUUCAGGAAGAAGGUGGAGAAAGACGAGACCUACAUCAACAGCAUCCUGCAGCUGGGCAGCGUCAUGGAGCACUGCAUCAAACAGAACAACUCCGUGGACAUCUACCAGGAGUACUUUGAGGAUGAGGAGGAUGUGGAGGACAAUCAGGAGCCGCCGUCCGCCAAGACCAUCAACGUCUUCAGAGAUCCUAACGAGGUGAAGCGUACUGUCACCAGCCUGUCGUGGCAUCCUGAUGGCAGCAGGAAGCUGGCAGCUGCCUAUUCCUGCCUGGAGUUCCAGAAGACCUCCAGAGACAUGAGCCUGGACUCCUACAUUUGGGACAUCGAGAACCCGAACAGACCAGAGAUGACGCUGAAGCCGGCAUCUCCACUCAUCUGUCUGGAGUACAACCCCAAAGACCCCCACACUCUCGUGGGAGGCUACUACAAUGGGCAGAUCGCGUACUGGGACACUCGGAGAGGCAGCCAGCCGGUGGAGGUUUCCUCUCUGGAGCAGAGUCACAGAGAUCCAGUCUACAAGGUCAUCUGGCUGCAGUCCAAGACCGGGACAGAUGCCUUCUCUGUCUCCACCGACGGACAGGUUCUGUGGUGGGACGUUCGCAGGUUGAACGAGCCAACGGAUCGCCUGGUUCUGGAUCUGAGCAGAGAGGGGAACCUGGACCGAGCUUUAGGAGCCAUCUCUCUGGAGUUUGAGUCCACCAUGCCGACAAAGUUCAUGGUGGGCACGGAGCAGGGCGUGGUCGUCUCCUGCAACAGGAAGGCCAAGACUCCGGCAGAGAAGAUUGUUUGUACAUACGACAGUCACCACGGACCCGUCUACGCCCUGCAGAGGAACCCCUUUUUCCCCAAAAACUUCCUCACCGUGGGGGACUGGACGGCUCGCAUCUGGUCUGAGGACGUCAAGGAGUCGUCCAUCAUGUGGACCAAAUAUCAGACAUCGUAUUUGACAGAUGCCUGCUGGAGUCCAGUCAGACCCUCGGUCUUCUUCACUGUAAAGAUGGACGGCACGCUGGACGUCUGGGACAUCUUGUUCAAACAGAACGACCCCACGCUGAGUGUCAAGGUGUGUGACGAGGCCCUGUACAGCCUCCGGCUUCAGGAUAACGGCGGUCUGGUGGCGUGCGGCUCUCAGCAGGGCGGAGCCACGCUGCUGGAGAUCUGCUCCGGACUGUCGACCCUCCAGAAGAACGAGAAGAGUCUCCUGGCGGCGAUGUUUGAGCGAGAGACGAAACGAGAGAAGAUCCUGGAGGCUCGACAGAGAGAAAUCCGUCUGAAGGAGAGGAGUCGAUCGGAGCAGAGCAGAGAGGAGGACGCCGGACGAGACGAUGGAGACGACGGUCCCGAUCGCAGCGUCGCCAGGGCCGAGGAAGACUUCUACAGCGUGGUGGAGAUGGAGCUGAGGAGGAGGAGGGACAAGGAGGACCAGACAAACCGGGAGAAAGACGUCUGUGAAGAAAAAGAAGUGAAAGACGAAGCAGAAACUUCAGAAACUGAAAGUUCACCGUGAAUGAAAACAUGUUCCCCCUGAGCACCAGGACCAGGAGGACCCAGAGCCCCCGCAUGUUGGAGAGGAACAGGAGAAGAGCAGCUUCAAGACUUGGACGAGGCCGACGUCAUCCAGUUCACCUACAAUCCCAGGUGAGCGGCGAAGCCAG